AUGUCGACGGACUCGCGACGCCAGUGUUGGGAGUGCCAGCGGCGCCGCCUUGUUUGCGACUCGACCUAUCCCGUCUGCAUCCAGUGUCGGACGACGCGCAUCACCUGUCCUGGGUACGAAGACAAGAGACCACUUGUUUGGCUAGCUCCGGGCCGGGUCACGUCCAGGACUCGACGACGGCCGCGCAAGGGUGCUGCUGCUCCGAGCAAACUCGAGGUGUCCAAGUCCGGCAGGGCAAAGACCAAUGAAAAGCAGACACAGGACCUAGCUGUUGCUCCCUUGACGCAGGCUGCAGUGCAAGACAGAGUGAAGAUUCCUAAGCUUGUCCUGAAGACGGAGAGGUGUGACAUCUAUAGUGCUGCUCACUACUACAAUGAGGCCAUCUACCCCGAAUUGGUUGCCACAGAGCUGGCGCCAACAUGGUUCGUCCUCCCAUCCAUCCACCUAUACAUCGAGGUCCUGCCGCCGUCCAUCCGCCAUACCCUCAUCGCCAUGGUGUUCGGCCACCACAUCCUGCAUCGGCCCUGCCCACCGGACAUGAGCUUCUCCAACGAGGACGUCAGAGCCCUGCACAAGCAUCGCCUCUCGGCCAUCCAGUCUCUCAAUGCAGAUAUCAGCGACGCGAGCAGGUGCCGGAGCGACAUGACCAUCAAAGCGGUCCUCAUGUUCCUGCUGCAGGAGCUGGGGCAGUGCACGCUGCCCAGCUGGCGCGAGCAUCUGCACGGGCUGUUGGCGCUUUUCGAUCUCCGGGGUGGCCUGAUGGAGUACAUCCGCACGUCCCAGGACACCAAGGUGACGAUGGUGUCCUUCUUCAUCAAUGCUACCAGUCCCGCAGGGCAACAAACAAUGCCGCAGGAGCACCUCGAAUCUAUCGAUACUAUUCGAGAGCUAUACAGCAAAGCCUUGUAUCCAAACUGUCCCUGUCCGGCUGAUAUCUUUACAUGCAUCGUCCGAAUCAACCACCUUCGAUAUCAGAUCUGCCAACUGGGCAGCACCGCGUCGCAGCUGGCAGCCCUCCAGAACUCCGCCGAGGAAGUCCUCGGCUCCUUGCUCGCCUUCCGGGCGGAGGACUGGGACUGGAUCAAGCCCGGCACCUCGCACCUGCAGGACUGGCUCCUCGUCGGCCGCGCCUUCCAGUCCUCGGCGGUGCUCUUCCUGCUCCACACGCUCCAGGCCGUCUUCCCGGCCCCUCGCCGGCGCGAGCUGCACCCGCAGUUCGCGCACCACAGGCAGGCCGUCCGGCGCCUGCUGGGCGAGUCCAGGCCGCGCCCGCGGGCGAGGCGCGGCAUGGUCUGGCCGAUGGUCGUGGACGGCGUGUCGGCCGAGGCGGACGGCGCGCUGCGGGCGGCGAUUGCGGACGGCUUGGAGAGGCUGAGCCGGGAGCAGGGCUCGGCGUCGCCCCUGCAGGCCAAGAUGGUGCUGCAGCGGUUCUGGGACUCGGGAGGACGCGGGUGGGAUGAGUGCUUUGACCAGCCCCAGGUAGCCAGCCCUCGACCUCGCCACCCAAAAGCCAUGGCUCUGCCCCUGCCCGCGGGGCUGACCCCCGCCGAGGUCGCCUUCGUCUGCGAGAUGGAGCUCGUCACCGUCGUGCCCCGCCAGCGCCUCGACAGCAUCAGCCUCCUCGGCGGCGAGACCCCAGCCCUCCGGCCCCCGCACCGCGCCGACCUCCCCCUCUGGCUCGCCCUGCUCCUCAAGAAGCAGCGCCGCGCCAACAUCGUGCCCCCGCCCUGGCUCGCGCCCGCCUCCCUGCAGGAGCUCAUCCACUACGAGACGCACACCGACCCGCUCGACUUCAGCCCGCCGCCGCCGCCGCCCGUGCGCGCCGACGCGAGGGGCAACGCCCGCCGCGUGCGCGACCUCGAGCGCGACGAGGCCCUCUCGGCGCCCUUCCUGCCCUCGUGCACGGCCGCCGCGCCCGCCGGCUUCCUGCCCUACCACUGGCUCGAGAUGGCCGAGGCGCUGCUCGCGCACGCGCCCGACGACAUGCCCGCCCCUGCGGGGGAGGUGCGCGGCCUGCUGCGCGACCUGGCCGAGGUGCGCGCCGCCAAGAUGCGCGCGCGCACUACCACGACGACGAGCACCACGUCCACGUCUGCAUCCGCGUCGGCGCCGGCGGGCCGCCCCAAGGAGGAGCGGGGCUUCGGCGGCGACCCCGUCACGAACCUGCGCGGCGUGGGCGCCAUGGAGCUCGCGGAGAACAGGGGGUUCGUGCUGGGCGUCGUCGACGGCGUGAGGAAGCUCGGUGCCAGUGCUGAGGCGACGAGGAGGGAGGAGGAAGAGGAGAUGGCGCUGGCGGCGGAGGAGGAGAGCGACGAGGACAUGGGGAUAUGA